ACGUAGUUGGAAUCGAAGCGGCGAUGGCCUCAACAGCGGACCGGCGCCCUUACGUGAUGCUGGUGGCCUUGGCUGCACAAGGCCACCUCAAUCCCAUGCUGCGGUUCGCCUCCCGCCUGGCCAGCAAGAGCGUCGACGUUACGUUGGCGCUAACCCCCAACGCUUACCAGCAGAUUCUGAAUGCCCGGAGUGACCACCCAGCCGGUACUCCCAUUCAUGUUGCAGACGGCGAUCAUCGCGUCAGAGUCGAAAUCAGGCCCUUCUCCGAUGGGUUCGAGCCUGGUGCUGACCGGAGCCGGGAUAUGAAUCUGUACCUGGACCAACUGGCAGCAGUUGGCUCUGCCAGCCUCUCCGAGCUUAUCGUCGACCUAGCCCGGCAAGGCCGCCCCGUCUCCUGCCUGGUCGGCAACCAAUUCACGUCGUGGGUUGCCGACGUCGCUGCUAGGCUCGGCAUCCCGUGCGCCACCUUGUGGAUCCAGUCCUGUGCAGUCUUCGCUGCCUACUACCGUUACCACCAUGAGCCGAGCCAGUUUCAGGAAACGGCCGGCGACAUUCUUAAAUUCCCGACGCUACCCCCGAUCAGAUUCGAGGACCUCCCUUCACUCGUUCGUCCCGAUAACCCAUACCCAUUCUACACCAGAUUGUUGAACUCUCAGUUUGAGAAGAUGAAGAGUUACAGGUGGGUUUUCGCCAACUCCGCCGAUGAGCUCGAACGGCAAGUGAUCGACUCGAUGGCCGAGCUGCAGCCCAUAAAACCGGUGGGUCCGCUUGUGCCGUUCGCUCUCCUUGGUCGACGUGGGACGUGCGACGUCCGAGCCGAUUUGUGGGCCGCUGAGCUGAACUGCCUGGAGUGGCUCGACGGCCAGCCCGAUAACUCCGUCAUCUACGUCUCGUUCGGCAGCUACCUCACCUUUCCAGCCCAGCAGAUGGCCGAGCUGGCGUGGGGUUUGAAGAACAGCGGGACCCGGUUCAUGUGGAUGGUGAAACCGAAAGUCGACGACUCGGAUUCGGGGCUUCCCGAGGACUUUGUCGACGAGGGUUUGGAUCGGGGCAGGGUCGUGCCGUGGUGCCCGCAGACGGAUGUGCUCAGGCACCGAGCGGUCGCCGGAUUUUUGACGCAUUGCGGGUGGAACUCAACUCUGGAGACGAUAGCGGCGGGGGUGCCGGUGAUUGCCUUCCCGUCGUGGAGUGACCAGCCGACCAACGCCAAGUUCAUCGUUGAUGUCUAUCGGCUCGGGGUCCGGCUCCAAGUGGGACCCGAUGGCCUCGUAUCGAGAGAGGAAGUGAAGAGGUGCAUUGGGGAGGUGAUGGCCGGCGAGGCCGCCGCAGAGAUGAGGCAGGAGGCGCUGAGAUGGAAGGAUGUAGUAACAAGGGCGGCCGCCGACGGUGGGACUUCUGACCAGAAUAUCCAGGAGUUCGUGGACGAUCUUAUUUGAUCUCAGUCAGUAUGGAUGCCUGAUCUUUGGUUGGUGUGGGUUUGGUUAUUGGGAUAAAAUUAUAAAUGCAUGGGCUCCAUUUUGUCCCAAACA